UAGUUAGUAGUCGUUGGGAGCAUGAAGUGGACAACGGGUCUGCUCUUGGCGGUGGCCAUGCUCAGCCUGCCAUCUCGGGGAGAUUCAUCCCGAAAUCUCACGGAAUUCAUGGGACAUCGACAGAAGCGCUGGCUGAUCUACCAGAAUAGUGGGUCUUUGAAGUUUAGUAUUGGUCCCUCGAUGCCCAUACCCUUGGGGGACAAGGUGACCUUCCGUUCCUGUGUGCUCUCCUACACGCUCCAAGGUGGUUCCUAUUCCCUGCCCACAUCACCCAUCUGGCCGUGGGAUAAGUGGGAAGGCACCUUCGCUCGUUCCUUGAUGCAAAUGCGAAGGAAUAUUGAGCGCCAUGUGGCCAAUGGCGGAGUGCGAUAUGCGGACGAUGCCAGGCUCUUGGUCUACACUGCACUGGAGGAGUAUAUGGGCAGGAGGAACAAUGACCGCUCCAUGGGCAGACAAUGUCUGCUGCGCUCCAUAUGCGAGAAUGCUCAGAUCCAUCAUCAUAUCGGUGUGUUCUCGGAAAUUAUGGAUAUUGUACUCAGUCCCGGCAAAGCGGAUCUGGACAAUGACUACCAUGAUGCCUACGCCGCGGGAAGAGCUGGAGCCAAUUGCUUGGGCCUGUACAGUGCCUGUCCUCGGGGACACAACUUCCUCGACGGGCUUUUGAUUGUGGAAGAUGAUUGAUUUACUGCUGCUCCUGCUACAGCUACUGCUGCGGAUUGCUGUCGAGUACGGAAGAGAAUGGGGAUCCGCAAUAAAGUUUUCAACCAAAUCAAAGUGCAUGUCUAAUGGUUCUUGUCCUGAUGUCGGAUUCCGCUUGUUCUUGCUGCAUAAUUUGGGGCGGAAAUGCACGGAAGCAUGUCUGAGGGGGCAGGAAACUGUGUUGACUCGGCUCCAGGAUGAGCAUGUGUGCACAUCGAUGCAGGCAACCCACCAUGCUGAAGCGUUUAUGCGGGUGUCUUGCUCUAAAAACAACGCAUUGUGGGCCAUUUAAAGUGUUGGAAUUAAAUAUAAAUAAAAGAUAAUAUUAUUGCUAACACGAAAAUGGAAAACUAAAAUUAUAUAACUGAAUAAUUU